AUGGCACCAUACACGGACGAGAUCAACGACCUUCGCGAUAAAAUGCAGACAGCGCAGAAGACCCGCGAUAUGCUUACGCUCCAGAGCGUUGCCAUGAAACAGCGCAUGAUAUACGAGAAGGCGGGCGUGAGCAUGGUUGGGAUGGCUAUCCUGCCGAUUGUUCAGCUACCCGUUACAUUGGGCAUGUUCUUCGGCGUGAAGAAGCUGUGUGACUUCCCGCUUGAACAGCUCAAACACAGCGGGGUCUCGUUCCUCCCUGACCUUACGCUUGCGGACCCGACUGGUAUUUUACCGGUCGUGUCGGCAGUUGCCAUGAACAUUCAACUCACGCUGGGCGCGCGGGACAUGGUAACCGCCCCCCAUAUGGCACACAUGAUUAACUUCUUCCGCGUGCUGUCCCUCGUCGGUAUCCCUCUCAUGUGGAAUCUUCCCUCUGGCGUGCUCGUCUAUGUUAUUUCUAGUAUCACAGCCAUGUCGAUACAGAGUGUGGUCCUCCGCCAACCAGCGGUACGCAGGGCGCUCGGUAUUCCAAUCGUUGAGCGGAAACACGAGAUCAAGUCAGCCUCUUUCUUGGAGUCUAUUGACUACGCGAAGAAGUGGUGGGAGAAUAAAAAGAAAGAGCAAGAAGAUGUCAUUCCAUACGAUUUGACCCCCGUCCUAUCUGGUUCACCCAACACGCUCACGGGUAGGUUCAUGAAAUUAGCAUCGUGCAUCCAAAUUGCCUCUUCGCAAGCGAAGGUUGUUUGCUAUGGGCGCUUGUUGAUUCAUCUCUUAAACUGA